ACAAAGCGGCGGCUUUCAUUCGCGCGUCUCCCGAGCGGACGACCACGGGCCAGGAUGCAGAAGCUGGUGCUGGCGCUGGCGCUGGCCGCGCAGCUGGCCGGGUGCGCGCGCAGCCCCGACUCGCCCGGCGGCCGCCAGGAGGCAGUGCUGGCGGCGCUGGUGGCGCUCCACGCGGGCGCCAGCUGCAACUCCUCCCGGCCGCAGGGCGCGCGCCAGCUGGCGGUGCUACAGGCGGCCGUCGCGGCCGUCAACGAGCAGCCGGGCGCUGCGAUCGACCUGCGCGUGUACGACACGUGCUCCAGUCCUGAGGGAGCUGUGAAGGCGACCUUGAGGGCGCUGGUGGCGGCUGAAGAAGACUCGGGCCUGCAGCCACCAGACUUCCUCGGGUUCGUGGGGCCCGACGACGCGGCGGGCGUGGAGGCGGUCUCCCGGGUGCUGCACGUGCUCAACCUCACCCACGUGGCGCCGCGGCGACUGCCGCGCCCCGCCUGGCCCGGCGACCACACGCUGCACGUGGCCGCCGCGCGCCCCGACAGCACGGCGCAGGCGGUGCUGACCUUGAUGCGCCAAGCCGGCUGGACUUCGUUCCUGGCGGCGCACACCGGAAGCGCCGACGCGGCCCGGAAGACGAAGGCGCUGCUGCAGAUGGCGGCCGGAAGUGACGUGUGCCCCUCAGCGCCGGCCUUGCAGCUUCCCGCGGAGGACUUGGGCCAGCUGCAGCAAGGCGGGGCGCCGCCCUCCGGAGUGGUGCUGGUGGCGGACUGCUGGUCGGCGGCGGCGGAGCUGCUGGCCCGCUGGCCCGCCGCGCUCGCCGACACCCAGGUGCUGGUGGUGCCCGCCGCCCCCGAGCUGCCGCCGCCGCGCCUGCCCGCCCCCGCCGCCGCCGCCGUGCUCCUGCUGGCGGAGACCGCCGCCGCGACUCUGGCCCCGGGCUUCCUGCGGCGCCUCCAGGAAGGCGCCGCCGCCGCUGAAGACGUGAGCGCGGCGCCGCUGGCGGACGCCGUGCGCCUGUACGCCGCCGCCCUGAGGGACGCCGACUGCCGCCGCCGGCCCUGCCUGGACGCCGCGCGCUGGCACGCCCUGGUGGCCGCGAGCCGCGCGCCGCCCGACGCCGUGUCCCUGGCGGAGGCCCGCUUCGCCGCCGACCUGCCCUCGCGGCACCGCGUCUACCUGGCGGCGCGCGGCGACCCCUCCUGGACCUGGGUGACCGCCGACCUGCCCCCGCGACACCGCGUCUACCUGGCGGCGCGCGGCGACCCCUCCUGGACCUGGGUGAGUGCGCGAACCCUCCCCAGCUCCUGCCCCACAGCCGGCGACCUGCCCCCGCGACACCGCGUCUACCUGGCGGCGCGCGGCGACCCCUCCUGGACCUGGGUGACCGCCGACCUGCCCCCGCGACACCGCGUCUACCUGGCGGCGCGCGGCGACCCCUCCUGGACCUGGGUGAGUGCGCGAACCCUCCCUCCCUCCUGCCCUACAGCCGCCGACCUGCCCUCGCGGCACCGCGUCUACCUGGCGGCGCGCGGCGACCCCUCCUGGACCUGGGUGAGUGCGCGAACCCUCCCUCCCUCCUGCCCUACAGCCGCCGACCUGCCCUCGCGGCACCGCGUCUACCUGGCGGCGCGCGGCGACCCCUCCUGGACCUGGGUGAGUGCGCGAACCCUCCCUCCCUCCUGCCCUACAGCCGCCGACCUGCCCUCGCGGCACCGCGUCUACCUGGCGGAGCGCGGCGACCCCUCCUGGACCUGGGUGAGUGCGCGAACCCUCCCUCCCUCCUGCCCUACAGCCGCCGACCUGCCCUCGCGGCACCGCGUCUACCUGGCGGCGCGCGGCGACCCCUCCUGGACCUGGGUGGGGAACAUGACGGACGGCGGCCGGCAGCUCCGCCUGGCCUCCGACUGGAGCGUGCCCGCUCCGCCCCCGGGCGCCGGCUGCGCGGCCGGCUCGCAGGAGGCUGGCGACGUGUGGCCGGGAGCGCUCGACGGGCACGGCUACUACGAGGCGGUGGGCAUGCUGGCCGGCGCGGGCACGGGGCUCGUCGCCCUGCUGGUGCUGUGCACGUGGGCCGUGUACCGCAGCUUCCGCGUGCCUGGCCGGCCGCGCUCGCCGCCCUCGUCCGUGUCCUCCUGCAGCCGGCGCAGCUAGGCCGUCGCCCCAACACACCUCAGUGCACGGGAAACUGUUGCAUGCUUCGCUCCCUGUCCGUAUGAUACUUAUUAAAUGCCCUUUCACGA